AGGCUCGCCGUCAUUGGCUGGGUUGUGCACAGCUGACAGUCGCGCGGGCGAGGAAGCUUUGAGGAUGGCGGCGUCCGCGGCGCUGAUCUUUCCGGAGAGCCCCAGCAUGAAGAAAGCAGUGCCGCUGAUAAAUGCAAUAGAUACUGGACGGUUCCCACGCCUUCUUGUCCGAAUUCUUCAAAAGCUCCACCUGAAGUCCGAGAGCAGCUUCAGUGAAGAAGAGGAAGAAAAACUUCAGGCCGCAUUCUCUCUAGAGAAACAAGAGCUUCAGCUGGUUCUGGAGACAAUAUCGUUUAUUCUGGAGCAGGCAGUGUACCACAACGUGAAGCCAGCCGCACUGCAGCAGCAACUGGAAAAUAUUCAUCUUACACAGGACAGAGCAGAGGCAUUCGCCAACGCUUGGUCGGCUAUGGGUCAAGAAACGGUUGAGAAGUUCAGGCAGAGGAUUCUGGGCCCUCACAAGCUUGAGACGGUGGGAUGGCAGCUUAACCUGCAAAUGGCUCACUCGGCGCAAGCAAAGCUGCAGACUCCUCAGGCAGUGCUGCAACUGGGAGUGAGCCAGGAAGACUCCAAGAACCUGGAGAAGGUUCUAGUAGAAUUCAAUCACAAGGAGCUGUUCGAUUUCUACAACAAGCUAGAGACCAUACAAUCACAGCUGGACUCCCUUACAUGAUGUUCUUGAAGACUGACUUCGCCAUCACAUUCCUGCCACCUCACUCUUUGCCUUGAAGAGAAACUGCCUGAGUAUAUUUCUGAGAGGACUCAGUGACUUUAUUCUACAGCCAGUCUGACUAAUCACUUCUUAAGCAAAUACCAGGGAAGGGAGAGAGAUCAUAAUAAGAGCACUGGGGUUUCUGGUAGACCUUUUCUCCUCGCAGAAGCCAAGAACCCUCUGGAAGAAAUCAAAAGUGAAUGCCCUACUGCUUUUUCUAUCAGGUUGCUGUAUCAUCACUUUGCCUCAGUCUUGCUUUCAUGGAUCAGUGAAGGUCUGUUGGCAGAAGGGAUGAUGUGUACCCUGGCAAAAUACAGAACCUCAUAAUUACAUUACUUAAUUAGGGAAGCAGCCCCAGGACAUCAGAUGUUUUGACAUUUGUCUUAUUUUGCUUGAGAUAUAAUACAAGGAAAUCUAAAAUGGUGCCAGUACUAUUAUAAGUUAAUUCCAAUGUGAUUCUCUUGCUCUGCCCGCUUGAAUUUUUCUGACAUUAAUGAUUUAAUAAUUGUCGUCUAGGUUUAUAUAUACUAUUGCAAAUUAAUAACAGUGCACUUUACAGUAUGGAGACAGAUUCAGAUCCCGAAUUAAAACACCUGUAAUGAGUACUAUGUGGGAAUCUGACAUUUUAAAUCAAAAACUGUUUGCAUUCUCCUGUG